AUGUGGCUCUCUUCUUUAAUCAUAUCCCCUCUUGUCAUUUUGCCCGGGGUGUUGGGGAUAUCUGUAUCUCCCAAUCAUGUUCAAGACACGUCAUGCGUCAACAGUGCGUCUGACAGAGCAUGCUGGAGUGACGGAUUCGAUAUAUCUACCAAUCACUAUGACAAAGUUCCUGAUACUGGAGUCUUUCGAGAAUAUUGGUUCAAUGUCGAGAAUACUACAGCUGCCCCUGAUGGUGUUGAGAUGCCCGUGCAGCUGAUCAAUGGAUCUUUCCCAGGUCCUACGAUCAUAGCGGACUGUGGUGACACUGUUGUUGUUCAUGUUACCAAUUCACUUCAAAAUAACGGAACCGGCCUUCAUUUCCAUGGAAUCCGACAGAAUUUCACAAACCAGAUGGAUGGAGUACCCAGCAUCACCCAAUGUCCCAUUGCACCCGGUGACUCGUAUACCUAUCGGUGGCGCGCCAUUGAGUAUGGGACGGGCUGGUACCACUCGUACUUUUACGUUCAAGCUUGGAACGGAGUAUUUGGAGGAAUCAUCAUCAAUGGCCCGGCGACCGCUAACUACGAUAUUGAUCUGGGUCAUGUCUUUUUGAAUGACCGGUACCAUCAAACGGCAGAUCAGUUGGUUCUCCAAGCAGCCACCGGUGGACCACCCACAGCUCCGAAUGGGUUAAUCAGCGGAACAAAUGUAUGGGGAAAGAAAGGAUCCCGAUUCGAAACAACAUUCAAAGCAGGCACCAGAUACCGAAUGCGAGUUUUGAAUGCGGCUGCAGACCAACACUUCCGUUUCAUGAUCGAUAACCACACCCUCGAAGUGAUCGCGAACGACUUCGUGGCCAUCCACCCAUUCAACACUACUCAGCUGAGCAUUGGAAUGGGUCAAAGAUACGAUGUUAUUGUGACAGCGAGAGGACUCAGUAGUGGUAAUUUUUGGCUUCGCGCUAUCCCCCAAUCAGCCUGUUCGGAGACAGAUGCUACUGGCCUAGUCAAGGGAAUUAUCCGAUACGAUAAUUCAUCGACCGCCGAUCCAACUACAUCAGCAUACAGCUACACAGAUUCAUGCGCUGAUGAGGAAUCGUCCAACCUGGUGCCUUAUCUUCAGGUCAACGCCUCUGAGACCCAUAGCUACGACGAAAAGGAGAAUGUUGAGGUCCAAGUUACCGAUAACGCAAUGCUCUGGCUUAUGAACAGAACUUCCUUCGAUACUCAAUGGGAAUAUCCGACAUUGAUGCAGGUGGCCGAAAGAAACCAGACCUGGCUUGGAAAGCAGAUUGUAAUCCAUCUCCCCGAGGCUGACAAGUGGGUGUAUUUUGUGAUCCAUUCGCCUUUUGCACAAGAUCAUCCGAUGCAUCUACAUGGUCAUGACUUCUGA